UUUAAGAACAUUCUACGCAAUUUCUAUCAAUCAAUCACAUGACAAAUCAAACUCAAAAUGUAGCGUUAAACCAGUGGGGAGUUUAUGAUACUAAAAGUGAUACUUCGUCCUAAGCAGAUUGAUCGCGUUUUACAGUUUGAUUGCGUCUGGCAUCUGUUGCUGAUCUCAGACUCCUACACAGUAUUUAGUAUAAUAAUCGUUGGUUAUUCAUCAAGAUGAAUUUAAGCGGAAAUCAGGGAAUUGUUCCGUCUUCGAAUACUCCAUGGGUUUUCUCUGUUUUUCAGUUGAUACUGGCUUUCUUUAUUGUAUUGGAGAACGGAAUAGUACUUAUAGCAGUGAUAAAAUACCUGCGCCGACUGACACCAGCAUGUCUUCUGAUCAUCAAUCUAACAGUAGCCGACAUUGUGAUGGGACUGGUACUUCCGGUUCAGGUGGCGUCGAGGCUCAGCGUAUCAUUUGCCGAAAAUGAUUCUGUCUGUUCUGCAAGAAUAUCGACAAUGGUACUGGCGUCAUUUUCGUCACUCUUUGCAGUACUGUUGACUGCAGUCGACCGUUAUCUUGGCGUAUGUCGAUGUAUUUCUUAUUACAAAACAGUCACCAUCAAGAGGACAACUGGCGCCAUUGUCUGUAUGUGGAUUUAUGCAGUUGUUGUAGCUUUUUACCCUUUCCGUUUUUACAACCAGGAUAUUCAAACAACUCCUGACUGUGUUAUGAAACAGCACGUGUCGCACGUAUACGUGGGAUUUAUGCCAUUUCAGUAUUUUUCGAUUUUGAUAAUAAUGUGCUACAUCUACUGCCAUAUCUGCAGAACCGCUCUUAACAGAAGACGAACUAUAUCAGUCGAUCAGGGAUUCGUGUUAAGCUCUCGCGUUCUGAGACUUGAACGAGAGCUGAGAGCUGCUCGGUUGAUGGCCCUUAUCUUGAUUGUGUUUGUUUUUUGUUGGACGCCUUUUGCCGUGACACAGAUAUACGACAUAACAGAGAGCGAAGUCAACCCGACUGUUGUAAAGUUUACAGAUACUUCGGCUUUUCUGGGAAUUCUAAAUUCAGUGGUGAAUCCAUUCAUAUACCCCUUGCAAAAUCGAGACUUCAAGAAAGCUUUUACACAAGUAUUUUUAUGUCGUACAAAAUUAUGUUAA